AUGUCCUUCCGUCCAGGCCAAGAACUCCCCAUUCCUACGUCUGAAGAAGAGAUGCAAGGGUUUUACGAGCCCAUUGGGCCUCCAGUAUGGCCUGGCGUUGAUGCACCUACAUUUCAGACUGCUUUCAUGGAUGCGAACCAUCAGUACUGUACAGAUCCCAUGGUUCAUCCCAAUAUCCUCACGCCAAUCAGUCUCCCAGACAGUUCAUUUCGUCCUAGUCCGGCAGUCAACCAUCAGGAGUACCACCCGCAGGAAUCCUACUACAUCAACGAUCCUAUUGCGCAACCGCAAGGUCUGGGAAUCUCUGCACCAUUCCCCAGUGAAUAUCCUCGCACUAGCGUUCCUAGCUCUAUCAACUAUGCAUACGCUCCUGGUGAUCUACAACAAUAUGGCCUGGGCUCGACGCCCAGUAUGUCCCCGCAAGCUCCGCAACCAAAGCGUAUGAAGCGCACAAGCUCGAAGACUCCAUCACGCGACACUCCGAUCAACAUUCUUCCUCAUCCGGAAGGCAUGCAGCGCAUGGAACGCGAUCGCCAGAAUAACCAGCCUUCGCCGCCGAUCAUGCCGCCCAGGACUCGGGCGCCCGGCCGGGGUCGUCGCGACCCGCAGGCGGAGGAAGAGGACGCCUUUGUAGAGCGACUGCGAGAAGAGCAGAGUGUUCCCUGGAAGGAUAUUUGCGACAUGUUUUUUGAAAGGUUUGGCAAGCAAGUGACCCCGGCGCGGCUCCAAAUGCGGCUGGGUCGUCGGAAGAGCAAUCGAAAGGCACGGUGGGACGAUGCCGAUGUGAGUACGUUAACACGAAAUGCGGCGUCCAAGGACCUUAUGCAGCUCGUACUAAUCAGUGGUUGCCUUGCUCAGCUACAGCUGCUGACCCGCGCCCAUGAAUCAUGGGAACAAGAAAAAUAUCGGUUUAUUGCAGACAAGAUGAAAGAACUUGGCUGCACGAAAGACUAUACACCUGAACAAUGCAAAUCACAACUGCGCAUCCAGUUUAUGGGAGACUUGGAACGAGGCUCGCCAUCAGCCAAAUCGGAUCCUGCACCAUCACCCAAGACAUCUAAUUUGCGUAAACGCCGGCGCCAAUCACGGGAAGCAUAG